AUGGCAUUUAAGAUUAGGAAUAUUGUCUUUCUAAGUCUUCGAAUUCUUCGAGGAACGUUUCAAAGUCAAAGUUCUUGUCCAAUAACUGAAUGUUUAUCUUUGUUAAGUGUUAGAGCUGUUACCACUCCUAAUUCAGCUCUGGAGCUGCCCCUAACUGAGGAAAAUGUUGAAACUGUACUAGAUGAAGUGCGGCCAUACUUAAUGGCUGAUGGGGGUAACGUUGCCAUACACGAAAUUGAUGGUAAUGUUGUUCGUUUGAAGUUACAAGGAGCAUGUGGAUCAUGUCUGAGUUCUGUGACGACCAUGAAAUUGGGUAUCGAGCGCCGGCUUAUGGAAAAGAUUCCUGAGAUAGUUGCAGUUGAAGCAGUUCCUGAUGAAGAAACUGGCCUUGAGCUAAACGAAGAAAACAUAGAAAACGUAUGUCUUGAUCCCAAGUCAUUAUUUUCAAAAAAUUAGAUCAUAUAUUGGUACUUAAUUUCCUCGAUAUUUUAUCUGUUAUUUAAU